CGUCGACGGGUCGCGGUCCAACGCGUUUUCAUGUACGAAACAACGUACGCGCGUACAUUUUUGAAAAUAGAACCAUCUGUGUUGUGUAUGACCUAUGUAUUGAGACUGUGUUGUGAUUGUUGUAUUUCAUGUGUACAAUACUAGAUUACGUUAUGUAUGUGUUACCAGUGUGGGUGAAUAACGAUAAAUUUUUCACGAGUCACUAGUUUUCUCUCCCCUGGGAGUCGUUUGUCGCAAUAUAUCGCUAUGGCUGUGCUACUAAAAGUGCCAAUGCAGAAUUUAUAAGUGUAUAAAAUGAUGUAGUAAUUUCACACAUGAAAUCUACUUCAAAUAUAUCUGAUGCUGAAUAGAGCGAUGGGGCCACAAAGGUGAUAUUCGCAGAAAUGGCUACGGAUAGAUUGCCACUACAUCUUUGCAAUUCUAUAAAGCAGUACUUAAUAGUGAGAGAAAAUUUAAAAAUUAAACUAGUUCUAAUAAGAAAUGAAACAGCAAACUGGAGAAAGAAGCUCAAUUUGAAAUUAAAUGUACAAGAGCGGGUCAAAUUAAUUUUAUUAUUAGUAUUGCUAUUGACACAGAAUUCUAAUGGUACUAGUUUCAGUGGUAGUAGAAAUUCUAUGUUAAGGACAAGAAUAAUUGGUACUAGGUAUGGUAAAUUACAAGGAGUUAUAUUGCCUAUGGAUCAACAUAAGUAUUUGAAGCCUGUCGAAGCUUAUCUUGGUGUUCCUUACGCGACUCCGCCAACUGGAUCAAACAGGUUUGCACCAACCCGAGCACCGGCCCCUUGGGACGAUGUGAAGACAGUAGACCAAAUGGGUCCAGUCUGCCCUCAGAGAUUACCAGAUAUAUCAAACGAGACCCAAGCUCUGGAGAGGAUGCCGAAGGGUCGGCUAGAGUAUCUGCGGAGAUUGUUACCUCGACUAAAAAACCAGAGUGAAGAUUGUCUCUAUAUGAAUAUUUACACACCAGUACAAGUCGGACCAACUCUCCAAGCCAAAUAUCCUGUAGUGAUAUUCAUCCAUGGUGAAUCCUUCGAGUGGAACUCUGGGAAUGUGUAUGACGGCGCUGUGCUGGCUAGUUACGCUGGAAUUGUAGUUAUCACUAUUAAUUACAGACUCGGAAUAUUAGGUUUUCUAAAUGCGAAUCCAAUACCGCAUUUGAAGGCGCGCGUUGCCAAUUACGGGUUGAUGGAUCAAAUCGCAGCGUUACACUGGAUUCAACAAAAUAUCGCUCUAUUUGGCGGCGAUGCUGGCAACGUCACCAUGCUAGGCCACGGGUCCGGUGCUGCGUGUAUUAAUUUCCUGAUGAUAUCACCUACUGUUAUGCCCGGUCUAUUUCAACGAGCAAUCCUUCUGUCUGGUUCAGCAUUAAGUUCAUGGGCACUAGUGGAGGACCCGGUCAGCUAUUCCGUCCAACUGGCAAAGCAAUCCAACUGCACCCUCCCCGAAGACAUCGUGAAAGACCACGAGCUAAUCGUGGACUGCCUUCGAGAGGUGCCACUCGAAGAGCUGAUGUCCGCAGAAAUUAAUACGCCGAGCUACCUCACCGCUUUCGGUCCGUCUGUCGAUGGUGUUGUCGUCAAAACAGAUUAUGCGAAGGAACUGCUCACUUUCUUCAUACCAAACGAUCUUCAAGGAUUCACAAGUGUCUCGGGCGUUAACAAUUUCAAAGCGGACAAAAGAAGCGGAGACAGAAUUUUCGGGAUCAGAGGGGGUCAAAAUAAAUACGAUUUACUAUUUGGAGUGGUGACAAGCGAAGCCCUUUGGAAAUUCUCCGCUCAGGAUAUACAAAAUGGAUUUGAGGGUGAGAGGAGGGAUAGAAUAAUAAGGACAUACGUGAGGAAUGCCUACACAUAUCAUUUAAGUGAAAUAUUCUUCACGAUAGUCAAUGAAUAUACAGAUUGGGAGAGAACUGUUCAACAUCCAAUAAACACAAGAGAUGCGGCUGUUCUAGCGAUCUCUGAUGCCCAGUACGUAGCUCCGUUAGUUCAAACAGGGGAUUUUCUAAGCGUCGCGAAGAGCUCGCCUGAUUCUGGGCCGAACACUUUCUUCUACGUAUUCGACUAUCAGACGAAGGACGGAGAUUAUCCGCAGCGAAUGGGCUCCGUCCACGGAGAAGAAUUGCCGUAUUUGUUCGGUGCACCCCUGGUGGACGGACUUGGACAUUUCCCGAAAAACUAUACGAAAUCCGAAGUGGCGUUAUCGGAAGCGUUCAUUCUGUAUAUGGCGAAUUUCGUGCGGACCGGGAAUCCAAAUGAAGCACAACGACAAGAGGGCGUAUUACCAAUAUCGAGGGAAAGGAAUCGAUACAAGAGUAUCGUUUGGGAUGAAUAUGAUACGCUACAUCAGAAAUAUUUGGAGAUUGGCAUGAAGCCGCGGAUGAAAAACCAUUACCGGGCCCAUCAACUGUCCGUAUGGCUGCGGUUGAUCCCGGAAAUCCAUAGAGCGGGGAUGAAGGACGUGGUAGCGAAGCACAACCUAUUCAGAAACCACAACGACCCGGAACUGUACGAUGGCCUCGUCCGUCCGGACCCACUGACCCGUGCCAACUAUUACGACCCGACUCUAGAACUAUACCGCAGGCCGAUCUACAACGUCACAUUGGAUAUACCAUCAACGACAAUGGACACGUACGUCACUACCUGCAUAAGCGUAAUGUCCGCCAGACCAGGCUCCGCGGUCACUCAGAGUCACGUACCCAAUAACACUCAACAGGACGUUUCUAAUCUUGAAGUUGCAGGAUACACAGCUUACUCGACAGCACUGAGCGUCACUAUAGCUAUCGGAUGCUCUUUGUUGAUUCUAAACGUCCUCAUUUUCGCUGGCGUCUACUAUCAGAGAGAUAAGACGAGGUUGCAAGUGAAAGCGUUACAACAACAACAAAAGAGGAAUCACAACUCGACGUUCGAUAGCGUAUCAUCUAAACACCCUCAUUACUUCGUGGGCCACUCGCAAAGUUCGAGUACGAUAGUAGAUAUAGAUCAUCAAGAUAAGAACGCAAUUAUAGCGAUGACAAACAGAAUGCCGCAUUUCACGAGCGCUAACUGUCCAAAUGUCUGUCACACUGGCAUACAAAUGUCUAAUUUGUCACAGAAGCCCAGCCCUCCAUCGAAUAGGGGGCAAUGCACGACGCUGCCGAGAAAAGUCGGUUUCAGCUAUCAACAGCAGAGUCAGAUUUGCAAUGCAUCGUCUUGUAUGACUUUGCCCAAAAACGCUACGUUUAUGAGCAGCGCGAGCAAUUUGCCUGAUGUUCAGGCUCAAACUGGACAGUCCCAAGGUCCAGGGAAUGGAUCAGUGCUUCCUCCCCCCUCCUCGCCCCCAUCGCAGCAUUUCUCGCAAAAGUCAAGAGUGCCACAAGCAGCAAUGUCUGAAAUGAACGUAUGAGAUAUGGAGGAUAUUUACAAUUAUGUGUAAAGUGUUACAGUAGGUGACGGGACACUGUAUAGUGUAAUCACUGGACAAAACAUGGUUGUAAAUAUCAAAAAUGAAUAAAGAAAAUUAUUGUAAAUAAUUAAAAAUGUUACAAUUAUACACUAUUUAUAAUACAGGUAAUGUUUUAAGGUUUAUAGAUGUAUAAAUAUAGGGUUUACUAAUAAAAUAAUUGAAUAAUGUAAAUUGUAACUUUCUGUUCGUUCUUGUAAAUAUAAACGUACAUAAUUUGAUAUAGUUUCCAUUGAAAAUGGACGAAAUUCGUGAACUAACUCGCAUUAUUGCACGAUGAAAUAAUUUUAUUACUUUAACUGUGACAUAAACUAUUACUGUUCUCUUAAAAUUGAAUAAUUCUAAUUGUUAAUUCAUAUUAGUGUAUAUUAUUACCAUUAAAAAUGGCGUAAUGAUUGUAAAUAAAUUAGAAUCUUAAAGACUGUAUACUGUAUUGUAAGUAAUAGUUUAAUUUUUCAAUAAUUUACAAUUUGAUGAGACACAAGUUACCGAUGGGUUUUGAAAUGUUUAAUUUCAAACAACCCAAAAAUAUUUAAAAACAUUCUCAAUUAAACUAGUAGUAUUGUAUAUUGGUAUAAAUUAAUGUUAAAUCUGAUUUAAAUUACGUUUGUAUUAAAAAUCUGUGUCAUAAUAUUAAAUGGUAGAAUACCACAAAUUUUUUGGAAACAUUCUUAUUUUUUCAAUAUUUCGAUCAACAAUACUAUUCAGAUACCCAAUUAGACCAAAAAAAUCGUCCAAGCAAAUAACUACGCACUUGCUGAGUGACUUCUGAUUUAUAAUCAACUUUUUUAUAUUUAAUUUUAAAGUCGAAUACCGAAUUUAUUAAAAUUUUCGAUUAUCUUUUGUUUUAAACUUAGAUAGAUGAUAUCAUAUUUUAUAUUUAGUUAGUGAGACGUUAUUAUUUGAAUCUUUAGUUUGUGAGACGUUAUCUAAUUGAUAUUCUUGAUCGAAGUAUCGUAUUAUUAUUUUAAUUAUUACUGUUUCUUCAUGUACCUUUAUAGGAAUUCGUAUAAUUACCUUAAUGCAAACGGCCUAACCUUAAAGGGACUCAAGCCACUAAGAAUAUGGCUGUAUUUAGGCUAAUGUUCAACGAUAAUGGCUGGACCUGCCUUCAACAGAAGUGAUCGUUAGCCAUGGUUUAUUGUUUACUAUUACUAUAAACGAAGGGUACACCUUAGGUCUGGUGUCUAUGAAAUUUUCAUCUAAGUAGACACAUUAAGUGAAGCGUAUAACAUAUUCAGAUAUUAUAUCAGAAAGCAAAUGAAAUUGGAAAUUUUUUAUAAGUGAUAAAUCUUAUUAAAUUUCAAAGACAAGUAAUUGGAAAAGAGAAUAUCGAGUUAUUUUCUCUGCAGUGCAGUAAAUGUAUAAUUACUUUUUAAUCAAUUAAUCAUUUAUUUUGUAUAUAUAUAUUAUAAUAGGUACAUUAAUUAAUUACUUAUUGGCACUUUAAAACGUUAACACAAAAUAUCAUAAAAAAAUUAUUUUAGCAUAGCAUGCAACAUUUUUAUCUCAUGAAUGCGGAUUUUGUCUGCUAACACUUGUCUUAGUUUUAAUUAUUCUACACUAGACUGUGUUUGUAAUUUGGAAAGUAAUUUGGAAGAAGAAUCCUAAUACGUCCUCUCUUAUUGAUGGCAAUAAGAGGGGACGUACUAGGAUUCUUAGAAGGGAAAAGAGGAUGCAGUAGGAGUUACCAUUUCAUUUUUAUCCCAAUAAAAAAGUCUUGUACAACUACAGCCUCAUAUGGUAGUUCAAGUAAUUAUGAAUUAGGUUCUUAAUCAAGUAGAAUUCGGUACACGGCGAUAUUGAUCAAUUAAUAUAUGGACAUAGUAAUAGCGAUCGGGUUUCGCGAACUUUCGUCGCGAAUUAUACUACAGCGGGUCUACCAUGAAAUGAAAUUCCGAAAUUUCGGACUCAAUUUCGUGUUUUUUUUUUUAUACCAAAAUCGGAUCAAUAAAUGAAGUUUCGUUCGUCAUACAUCCUAUCAUAAAAAUUCAAAGGAACAAUAUUUUAACAUUUUUAAUAUUUCCAAACGGCAUGUAUUAUGUAAUUUAAACAUCAAAUUUGUGUUUCGUUUGGCUCCCAGUUUACUAAAAAUUAAAAUCAUUAUUAGAAUUAAUUAUACGUAUAUUCAUAUAAGAUACUUAGUUGUCAUCAUUUAUUCCUAUCAAUUUUUUAUCCUAAGAUACAGUAGACGCAACCAAUAAGAACUGGUAAGAAACCCGACCAUUACGUAUCAGGUAUAAUCUAGACAAAACAUCGAGUGAAGUAAAUGUUUUAGUUCCCAUUGUAUAAUUCGCGUUAAAACCCAACAACACAAUACUACAGUUAAACGAACGACAUAAUUAACUGAACGAUUAAAAUUGUCAACUAAAGCAACUAAGUUAUUAAUAUAUACUAAGCCAUUACUCCUUUGAACUUAUUACUUACAAUCGCGGAGUCAAUAAAAACCAGUACUUAUUGCUUUCUUCCAAGGAGCACUGAGUCGCCUUACUUAGUUAUAUAACUUUAUUGCUCUUUUAGUUUUAUUUAUUUGAAAUUUCCUUGCAUUUAUGAAUACGGCGUCGCUCAACUAUUCGAGCUUGAAUUUUGUUAAAAUACUGCCAUAUUUCCUAGAAAGAUAGACCCGUCGCCUCAAACUAUUUGAGCAAUUUAAUUUUCAAUUCUCCUCUCGCGACGGUCGGGCACGAAAAUUUAUAAAACGUGGCGAUACGCCACCUUUGUGCCUCUGAUAAUGCAAGCGAGGAUGCGUAACUAUUUUAUAAUAACAAUAAUAGUUCUUAAACAAACUCUUACGUAACAAUAAAAGCUGACAAUUUGAGAACUUGGUCCUUCAUGUAUUCAUUUAAAAUUCAUCCCUUAAAGAGCAAUUCUAACUCAUAAACAAGAAACAGUACAGCCUGUAUUUAAGAUGUCAUCACUCUUCGCAAGUGUUUAAGCUAUAACUUUAAACUUAAGCUCUUAUAAAUAAGGGGCGUCUUUGUGCCAUUAAGUUAGUGUCUUGUGAAUUAAGUGUUUGAAAUUAGUAUUUGUACUAUUUUUUUUUCAAUUACUUGUCUUUACCGUGACUCUACGUUAAUUAAUUACAAUUCUUAUUACUAUUGUUAUACUUUCAAUAUAACACUACAAAAUUUUGUAAAUAUCAUUUUAUAAAAAAAAAUUAUUACAAUAAAUUAUUGAUUAAAUUAUAAACAAUUUAAUUAAGAAUUAAAUUAAAUUAAUUUUAAUUAUUUCCUAAGUGGUAUGUUGUAUUAAUAUUUUUUAUGUAAAAAGAAUCCAUAAUUA